CGAGCGUAUAGUUAAAAUGCGUCUGUAUGCAGUCGUACACGGAGAGCGAACCGCAAGUGGGAGGACACCGCUCCCAGAAGGAGCUUAUCGCCAUGAACGACACGGAUUACAUAUAAAAGGUUCAAAAUGCGCCUGUAGUAUUUCUUACUCACUCAUGUCACGCAAUGGCCUGGGGAUCGAUAGCUGUUAGAUCCUUGCAGAUUCUCAAUCGCGCUCCAGCUUUCUUGUGGCCAGCAUCAUCAUUCGGUUCACAACAUGUUAUCACUCCGGGAACAUUGUACCGAAGCAUUGGCACUUCCGUCACAAAAGAUUACCGCAGUUCCUUAUCAUCGCCACUUUGUUUGAAAUGCGGGAAAAAUGAGACCGGCGCCCAUGAAUGCCAGGGGAAAAACCGUGAGGAAACUUCUAAAUCACCUUUGGCUAAAAGAAAGAAAAAGAAGCGAUGCAACAUUCAACGGCGACUUAAAACUUAUCCGCCAUAUCGAAGCAGUUGGUCCACUGGAACGUUUCACUGGACUGAAACCCACAACGGCAGACCUGGAUUACAUAAUUCACUCAGAAAUUACAGCUUUGCCAGCGAAAACUCAAAUGGCACACUUUUACAAGGUGCAUCGAACAGUGGCCCCAGUAUUCCAUCAUCAUCGACUGGUAGCGGCAGUCACGUAACGGGGUCAGGCUCAGUUGGGAGAUCUGGAGCCGGUAGUGACCGUGAAAUCAUCAACUGUCCCAGGUGUGGUGGACCAUGUAUCAUGCUAGACAUGCCUCCAGCGUCUCCAAAAUUUGCUAACUGCCGCUCAUGCAAUCAUCUGUUUAUGAUGAUAACCAAAUCUAACGGCGUCAGCACAAGUGCUGACUUAGGUAAGGUACCUAAACUGAAUCCGGACCAUCCAAUUUCGCAAUCAGUUUCCGCUGCACCACAGCCAGUCCCCGUUCCUCCGCUUGCCGAACAACCGCAACAAGCAGUCCGUAAACCUCCGCCGCCCCCAAAAGUUAUAUUUGAUUAUCUGGAAAAGUACGUCAUCGGACAAACGCAUGCCAAAAAGGUGUUAUCAGUGGCCGUAUACAAUCAUUACAAACGACUUCAUAAAAACAUUCCUAAUUAUCUGCAAGUGACCGGCAAGCCACUGACACCCCACGACCAAAGUCCAAUACUUUUGCUAGCAGGAUCGCCGCAAAACAUUAACGGAGGAGAAUCAAUUCGAACUGCCCCUCCGCGUCGCAGUUUCUUAGACGAAGAGCCUGUCAAUGGUGCACACGACGUUCGCUUAGAGAAAUCUAACAUACUUAUGCUCGGCCCAACCGGUUCUGGGAAAACUCUCCUAGCACAAAGCAUCGCCCGUUGCCUGGACGUUCCCAUUGCCAUUUGUGAUUGUACCGCUCUUACUCAAGCCGGUUAUGUUGGCGAAGACAUCGAGUCGGUAAUAGGGAAACUCUUGGCAGAUGCACACGGUAAUGUACCAUAUGCCGAGCAAGGCAUUGUCUUCUUGGAUGAGGUAGACAAAAUCAGCGCAGCCAGCUCUGGACAGCAAAUGCGGGAUGUUGGUGGAGAAGGUGUCCAACAAGGGCUAUUGAAACUAUUGGAGGGAACAACUGUCAGUGUGCAACAGUCAUCGGGAGGACGAAAAAAUAACGUAGCGGUUGACACGACCAAUAUCUUAUUUAUAGCAUCGGGAGCGUUUAUUGGAUUGGAUAAGAUAAUCAGUAAUCGAAACAAUGAACGUAUUUUGGGAUUUGGAUCACGGAAAAACGAACAUUCAAUUCUGGCGAAGAGCCAGACUGCAGCGAAGGCAUUCGCGCAAAGCUGCGAACGAGCCAGAAGUGUGGCGGAAGAAAACGCUGUGAAAGAUGCGCUGAUCGAGUGUGUGGAAGCCCGCGAUCUUGUGGAAUUCGGCUUGAUUCCGGAAUUUAUUGGUCGUUUGCCGGUUGUAGUGCCCUUCCAUAACCUGACAGUAGAGAUGUUGGUCCAAAUCUUAACCGAGCCACGAAAUGCUGUUAUUCCUCAAUACCAAAAGCUCUUUCAAAUGGAUAACGUGAGUGGAUUUACAGUUCACACACGAUGCAGUGGUGGCCAUUGCAGAAAAAGCACUUGGCAGAAAAACUGGCGCUCGCGGUCUGCGGGCAAUUCUAGAGUCUCUCCUUCUAGACGCGAUGUUUGACGCGCCAGGAUCUCAGAUCCACGCUGUUAGAAUUGAUAAGGAUGUUGUAGGUGGUCACAAGCGACCGUUGUACAUUCAGGCAUAAACAAUUAUGUUGUUACUUCCUUAAAAUUAUGUGUUCCUUUUUUUGUCACCUGGCAACGGUACUU